GGGUGGGGCAGGGAGGGAAGAGGGCGUGGAGCAGACUCGUAAAUAUAAGGCCUCUGGGCUUCCGCCCACUUCCACUCCACCGCCACCAUGCCGCCCUACACCAUCGUCUACUUCCCCGUCCGAGGGCGCUGCGAGGCCAUGCGCAUGCUGCUGGCUGACCAGGGCCAGAGCUGGAAGGAGGAGGUGGUGACCAAAGAGACCUGGCUGCAGGGCCCACUCAAGGCCUCCUGUCUGUACGGGCAGCUCCCCAAGUUCCAGGAUGGAGACCUCACUCUGUACCAGUCCAACGCCAUCCUGCGACACCUGGGCCGCUCCCUCGGGCUCUACGGCAGAGACCAGCGGGAGGCGGCGCUGGUGGACAUGGUCAACGACGGUGUGGAGGACCUCCGGAAGCGCGGCAGCCACCUCAUCCGCCAUGGCUAUGAGGAGGGCAAGGCCCGGUAUGUUCAGGAGCUGCCUGGGCACCUGAAGCCUUUUGAGACCCUGCUGGCUCAGAACCAGGGAGGCCAGGCCUUCAUCGUGGGUGACCAGAUCUCCUUUGCGGACUACAACCUGCUGGACUUGCUGCUGGUUCACCAGGUCCUCGCCCCUGGCUGCCUGGACUCCUUCCCCCUGCUCUCAGCCUACGUGGCCCGCCUCAGCGCCCGGCCCAAGCUCAAGGCCUUCCUGGCCUCCCCCGAGCAUGUGAACCGCCCUGUUUUUGGAAGCCGCAAGAUAUAAGCCUGCUCUGCCUCCUCGGGAGAGGGCUGCCCUUGGAAACCAAUAAACACAGUGAGAAGGA